AUGAAAUGUUUGUGACAAUAACCAUGGCAUCUUUUGGUUUAUUUAAAGUCCCCUCAAUAAGGAUUCAUGAAACAUGCAAAUUAGGUUCUAUCUUCUUCUCCAUCCCUCUUAUCUUGCUUUUUUUUUUUCUUUAUCUUUUUGCUCUUUUUACAAAGGCUAUAUACUUCAUAUAUAUGGAUAUCACCAACAACACUAGCACAAGUAACAAUUGGGAUCUUGACAUGGGUAGCCAUCUCCUCCUAGAUCAGAACUCAUUUGGAUUAUUGCACACCAUGGAUCAAUUCCAACCCAAUCAUGUCAUGGUUCCCCCAUGCUUGAGUGGUGAUCAAAUGGUAGCUCAAAAGGAGGUGGAAAGAGAGCAUGAGAAGGAUGAUGAUGGUGAUGAUGAAAGAUUAGGAACCAUGAAGGAGAUGAUGUACAAGAUAGCUGCCAUGCAACCAGUAGACAUUGAUCCUUCUACAAUCAAGAAGCCUAAGAGAAGGAAUGUGAGGAUAAGCGAUGACCCACAAAGCAUCGCUGCUCGACACCGAAGGGAAAGGAUAAGCGAAAGGAUAAGAAUUCUCCAAAGGUUGGUCCCUGGAGGAACGAAAAUGGACACGGCUUCGAUGCUAGAUGAAGCAAUUAGGUAUGUUAAGUUCCUUAAAAGGCAAGUGCAAGAGCUACAAGCAAACCAGCAGCAAACAGCCGUGCCGACGAUGGAAUGGAGUACUUUAAGAACACAUGCAAAUACACCAUCAUCCUCUUCAUCCUCCGCCGCCUUCGGUGCAAGAACUGGAUUAGGGUUUGGCUUUAAUGGACAUGUCAUGCAGUAGAAAAAGAAGAAGAGAAGAAGAAGAAGAAGAGGUAAUUAAAUCUAGUAUUUUACAUUAUGUUACUGUAUGUUGUGUAGUUACUGAACUAAAGAUUUCAUGUAAGUUUAUAAUUAAUAAAGUUUUAUAAGUAAUAUAGUAACUAAAGAGUGUAGAUAUG